CAAGUUUUAUAUCCACAACAAAAACAUCUUGUGGAAAAAAACAAUUAUUUACAAAUGAAAAACAUGUUAUUUCUCCUGAAUGUUUUUACAGCUGAAACAAAACAAUUAAGUAACUUAAACAGAUUAUCAAGACAGAACUUGUGCUUCCUGUAAACAGUCCUGACAGUAAACCAGCUUCUCUGUCCGUCUUUAACUUUCACUUCCUGUCAUGGUGAGACUCACAUGAUUUCUGCCUACAGACAAAAAGGACACAAUGAGCUGCUGGACUGACGGACACUCGUGGAAAUAAGUCAAGUGUGGGCUCUGCUAUGAAUCAGUGUGAGGAGACAGAGGAGGGAGUCCCUCCCUCUAAAACCACUCUGUGUGGGGAACAUGACAGCCAGACCAAAGCUCAGAGCCCAGAGCAGCAGAGACCAGGACCUGGACCUGGAUCUGGACCUGGAACUGGACCUGGACCUGGACCUGGACCUGGACCCAGCUGUGUGUCCAUCAAGAGUGACAGGUCCAUGAGUCACCCAAUAGCAUUUAAAGUAAAUCUUCCAUCACAGACUCAAGUUCAGCAGCAGAGAUCAGACUCUCCUGCACCCAGCGGAGUGUCCAUGAAGAGUGACCGGUCCAUGAGUUGGCCGAUUUACUUCAAGGAUGGAGACCACUCUGCUGAAGAAAGAGUUCAGCAGGUUCUUAGUGGUCAGUCUCUCCAGCAGCAGCCAACAGACCUGGACUCCAUAUUUAAGCAUCUUAAGGAGAACGUUGUCACCUUUGUGAAGAACGAGUUGAAAAAGUUCCAGAAGAUUCUGAGUCCAGAUUACCCAGAAUGCUUAGAGAGGCAGAGUGAGGAUGAGGAGGUGUUGCACGGUGAGGAGGAGGAGCAGAGGAGGAGCAGCAGAGAGGCAAUUCUGAAGAUCACACUGAACUUCCUGAGGAGGAUGAAGCAGGAGGAGCUGGCUGACCGUCUGCAGAGCAGAACUGUUGCUGCAGUUUGUCGACGUCAACUCAAAUCUAACCUUAAGAAGAGGUUCCAGUGUGUGUUUGAGGGGAUCGCUAAAGCGGGAAACCCAACCCCUCUGAAUCAGAUCUACACAGAGCUCUACAUCACAGAGGGAGGGACUGCAGAGGUCAAUGAUGAACAUGAGGUCAGACAGAUUGAAACAGCAUCCAGGAAACCACACAGACCAGAAACAAGAAUCAGACAAGAAGACAUCUUUAAAGCCUCACCUGGAAGAGACGAACCAAUCAAAAGAGUGAUGACAAAGGGAGUGGCUGGCAUCGGGAAAACAGUCUUAACACAGAAGUUCACUCUGGACUGGGCUGAAGACAAAGCCAACCAGGACAUACAGUUCACAUUUCCAUUCACUUUCAGAGAGCUGAAUAUGCUGAAAGAGAAAAAGUUCAGCUUGGUGGAACUUGUUCAUCACUUCUUCACUGAAACCAAAGAAAUCUGCAGCUUUGAAGAGUUUCAGGUUGUGUUCAUCUUUGACGGUCUGGAUGAGUGUCGACUUCCUCUGGACUUCCACAACACUGAGAUCCUGACUGAUGUUAGAGAGUCCACCUCAGUGGAUGUGCUGCUGACAAACCUCAUCAGGGGGAAACUGCUUCCCUCUGCUCGCCUCUGGAUAACCACACGACCUGCAGCAGCCAAUCAGAUCCCUCCUGAGUGUGUUGACAUGGUGACAGAGGUCAGAGGGUUCACUGACCCACAGAAGGAGGAGUACUUCAGGAAGAGAUUCAGAGAUGAGGAGCAGGCCAGCAGAAUCAUCUCCCACAUCAAGACAUCACGAAGCCUCCACAUCAUGUGCCACAUCCCAGUCUUCUGCUGGAUCACUGCUACAGUUCUGGAGGAUGUGUUGAAGACCAGAGAGGGAGGAGAGCUGCCCAAGACCCUCACUGAGAUGUACAUCCACUUCCUGGUGGUUCAGUCCAAAGUGAAGAAGGUCAAGUAUGAUGGAGGAGCUGAGACAGAUCCACACUGGACUCCAGAGAGCAGGAAGAUGAUUGAGUCUCUGGGAAAACUGGCUUUUGAUCAGCUGCAGAAAGGAAACCUGAUCUUCUAUGAAUCAGACCUGACAGAGUGUAGCAUCAAUAUCAGAGCAGCCUCAGUGUACUCAGGAGUGUUCACACAGCUCUUUAAAGAGGAGAGGGGACUGUACCAGGACAAGGUGUUCUGCUUCAUCCAUCUGAGUGUUCAGGAGUUCCUGGCUGCUCUUCAUGUACAUGUGAGAUUCAUGAACUCUGGAGUCAAUCUGCUGGCAGUAGGAAAAAAAACCUCCCGGUGGUAUAAACUAUUCAGAGACCAACCUGAACCAACACAUCUCUACCAGAGUGCUGUUGAUGAGGCCUUACAGAGUCCAAAUGGAAACCUUGAUUUGUUCCUCCGCUUCCUCCUGGGUCUUUCACUGCAGACCAAUCAGACUCUCCUACAAGGUCUGAUGACACACACGGCAAGUAUCUCACAGACCAAUCAGGAAACAGUUGAGUACAUCAAGAAGAAGAUCAGUGAGAAUCUGUCUCCAGAGAGAAGCAUCAAUCUGUUCCACUGUCUGAAUGAACUGAAUGAUGGUUCUCUAGUGGAGGAGAUCCAACAGUACCUGACAUCAGGAAGUCUCUCCACAGAUAAACUGUCUCCUGCUCAAUGGUCAGCUCUGGGCUUUAUCUUACUGUCAUCAGAAGAAGAUCUGGAUGUGUUUGACCUGAAGAAAUACUCUGCUUCAGAGGAGGUUCUUCUGAGGCUGCUGCCAGUGGUCAAAGCCUCCAACAAAGCUCUGCUGAGUGGCUGUAAUCUGUCAGAGAGAAGCUGUGAAGCUCUGUCCUCAGUUCUCAACUCCCCCUCCUCUAGUCUGAGAGAGCUGGACCUGAGUAACAAUGACCUGCAGGAUUCAGGAGUGAAGCUGCUGUCUGUUGGACUUAAGAGUCCACACUGCAAACUGGAGAAUCUCAGGCUGUCAGGCUGUCUGGUCACAGAGGAAGGCUGUACUUCUCUGGCCUCAUCUCUAAGAUCCAACCCCUCCCAUCUGAAAGAGCUGGACCUGAGUUACAAUCAUCCAGGAGACUCAGGAGUGAAGCUGCUGUCGGUUGGACUCGAGAAUCCAGACUGGAGACUGGACACUCUAAAGGUGGAACAUUGUGGAGAGCAGAGGAUGAAACCUGGUGUGAGGAAGUAUGUCUGUGAACUCACAGUGGACACGAACACAACACACAGAGAGCUCAAACUGUCUGACAACAACAGGAAGGUGACAUGGGUGUUAAAGCAGCAGCCAUAUCCUUAUCAUCCAGAGAGGUUUGAGUACUGGACUCAGCUGCUGUGUAGAAAUGGUCUGACUGGUCGCUGUUACUGGGAGGUCGAGUGGAGAGGAGAGGUUAAUAUAUCAGUGAGUUACAGAGGAAUCAGCAGGAGAGGAAACACUGAUGACUGUUUGUUUGGACGGAAUAAUCAGUCCUGGAUUCUGGAGUGCUCUGAUUAUGAAGGUUGUUACUCUGCCUGUCACAAUAACAUAAGAACAGUCCUCUCCUCCUCCUCCUCCUCCUCCUCCUCCUCCUCUGUCUCUCACAGAGUAGCAGUGUAUGUGGACUGUCCUGCUGGCACUCUGUCCUUCUACAGAGUCUCUGACUCACUGAUCCACCUCCACACCUUCAACACCACAUUCACUGAACCUCUUUAUCCUGGGUUCAGGUUCAGACGUGAUUCCUCAGUGUCUCUGUAGGAAACACACACACACUCAGACACACACACACACACACACACACACACACACACACACACACACACACACACACUCUCUGUAAAUGACAGUAACAGAAAUGGUCCAGUUGUUUUGUCGCAGUUGGUUUUAAAUCGCUUUAAAUAUGUUUUGAACGUUCCGAUUUCAGUUUUCUGAACUUUGUGAUCUGAAGGUUUUCUCACAACAAUCAGUCUGUAUAUACAAUGAAAUCAGGUUGCACACACACAUGCAUAUAGAUAAUCAUUAUGAUGAUUUAUAAAGUUUGUCAUUUGUCUUAUUUGAGUUAUUAUCUGUAAAUAUGUCUCUAUGAGUGGAUAGAGCUGCUGCUACGUGCAGACGGACCUCCAUUACAAAAUCUCCCUGUAGAGUCCAAGAGCCAAAGACUUUCUGUCAACACUUCAUCAUCUCACAUCAUCUGUCAGGAUAAACAUUUGACUUUCUCAUUCACGUGUCUCUCCUGAUUGACAUAAUCAAUUUGGGAUCUCAGGUUUAGGGGAUGGAAGCAGAUUUGUUCACUCUUUAGAAACAGACUACAUCCACACAGAUGAACCAUUUAACCUCUCCAGGGCUGUAAACUGUGUGGUGAGCAACAUUCCUGUUGGAGUGUGUUUCAUCCUGCUCCUCUCCUUUCCUCACCACAAGAGUCUGAAAUGUCUCUUUCUAUCUACUGAUGUAUAAAUAUAUUUAUCUUGUGUUUCAGAUCAUGUAAUCAUGAUUUACAGGAUUCCACUCUGAUGAGUUUGGUAGUAACUUUUAACACAAUGAUAUAAUGUCAGUAUAACAUGAGUGUAUUUGAUAGUAACCAGUAUGAUUUACUAAUGAUUUGACUUGUAUGAUCAUGUAUUAUUGUAGAUGUGCUCCUCUGUUAUAUAAUGCCUAGCUACAGAUAUGAACAUGUUUAUUAGUUAUGUUUUUUUACUCUUGUGGAAUUGAAUAUGGAAUUUCCUGAGAAUGUGUCCAAGGGGCAGAAGGUAAAUAGUGAACAAGAGGACAGAGCCCUGGGGAACACCGCUGGAGACUGGAGAGGAGCAGGAUCUUAGGUUCUCGAGUUGAACAAAUUGUGUGCGACCAGUGAGAUAUGAUUCCAGCCAAGCCAGAGGGACGUCAGUGAUUCCAGUGGAGGCCAGCCUGUCCGGGAGGAUGUCAUGAUGACAGUGUUGAAGACUGUGCUGAGAGAGAACCGGGAUGGAGAGUAAACCAGAGUCAGAUGCCAUCAAAAGGUCAUUUAUGAUUUUCACCAGGGCUGUCUCAGUGCUUUUCCCUCAUAUAAGUUGCCAAAGACAGUAACAGUUACGUUACUUUUGUUUGGUCAUGUAAUGUUGCUUUGUGGGACAUUUCUCUGUUUUUAGUUGAGUGAAGGACCUGUGCAGUUAUCACACUGUCAGGUCGACACGGCCUUGAUACGUGCAGCUGGCUUAUCCAUUCACACUGGUUCAGUUCACCAAUACUGCAGCAAGUUUAACCCCUCACCAUCUCCGAGAAAGUCACAGUGAGAGGGAGGCCGAGAAUGGCAGCAGGAUCCCCACAUCCAAACGGCAGAGUGAAUGGAGCUACAGAGACAUCAGAACAGCUGACCUCUAAUGUUCAGAAACAAUUGGCCAGUGCAGAACAAGGCAACUAGUCUGUUGAGCGAUUUCAAGACAGGGUUAUUUUGGGCAAGGAGGAGGUUCUGUAGUUUUCUGACUUAGUUAUGUCAUUAAUAUAGACUCAUGGAACAUCUGUGAAAGGUAGAUAGGUAUGAAGUGUAGAGGGUUCGUGGAUUUGAACUGAGGACCUCUCGCACACCAUGUGAGAACCAAAAACUCAAAUAUAAAUCAAUAAUACAACCAAUGAAAUACACUAUGAUGGUGUUAAGGCACGCUAUACAUUCCUUUUUGGAUGAAUGGUAGCAUUUUGCCCUGCUUCCAGUCUAUGGGGCAGGAAACUUGGUAGUUCAUUAAUCUGUCCAAUCAAGACUCCUUGAGGUUUUGAACUCAGGACCUUUUGCAUCCUGAGGGAGAAUCAGACCCGAAGAUCAACAGCCAAAAUGAACGUCUUGUGUUUUCCUUGCACAGUAGAUAUCUCCACAUACACUGUGUCAUUAUUCCUUGGCUAUUGUCUUGUACAACCAACAUUUUCGCCAUAAUGGUACAUCGGAAAAAUGAUGUUUGUUAUUCUGUAUCUGCUGUUGUUAGAUAGAUAGAUAGAUAGAUAGAUAGAUAGAUACUUUAUUGAUCCCGGAGGAAAUUCAAGUGUUGAAUUGUUGCACUGGAUUAACAGAGAACUUGGACAAACUGACCAAACCUUUAAUUUCCAAAUUAGUCACAGCAACACAUUCAUAAGGCCACCAACUCACUGUGGUUGGAAUCACAUAACUGGAAACAAAGACAUCCAAAAAUAUGUUUCUUCAAUAGGGAUUCAUAUAAAACCAUUUUACCUCCAUUUACAAAGAGUAGAUGAAUAAGUGCGUCAGGACACAAUUACUGAUAUAUUUACCCACUGCAACAUCAACGGAACAAUAAAUCAGGAUUUGGUACAAACAUGAUGUCGAGACUUUUAUCUGUUAGAGUGAUGUUGGAGGAACACUGUCCUGUAAAUACAACACACACAGGUCUACAUCUGCAGUUACAACUCUUUCAGCUAAUCUGUUACACUGCAGAUUGGACAGGUAGAACUUCAGGUGGUUUCUGGUCAAAAAGCUGCUUUAAAUUGCCACAUUUCAACAGAGAACUCCAGGAGGCAGAAACAGCACAUAGCACCUUCGGAAGGUUACAGUAUGUCUGAAAUAGUGUAUAAAAAAUGCGAUAAGAGACAGGAGUGUGAUUUGUCAAGUUACAAAUAUAAAACACCUGCACAUGUUACAGAAUGAAAGUAGUGCUUCAUUAAAUCCUUCACUAAAUGCAGGAAUGUUUUAAAAUCUUCGAAAUUAAACCAAAGUGUGAACGUGACAAAGUGGCGAAUUCAGCUGAGUCAGCAUCACAUUGUGCAGCGUGAAACAUCCGAGUGUCUCCUGAAGUCAAUGGCAGAACAUGGAAACAGUCAGGUGUUAAUUGUGUGUUGAAUUUAAUUAAUUUGAUUAAGUAAUGCCAUUAAUCAAUUAACUACUGUGUAUUUUGGUACUGUUGGUGAGUUUAGUUGUAAUAAAAUGUGCUCUGAAA